AUGGCUUCUGCGGAGAGCAACGUGACAGGAUUUAUCACCUCGUAUGAAACUGCAUUCACAAGGAAAAUCAAACUUGGAUUUUUUAUUGCUGUCACUCCAUUUGCAAUCAUCUGCGACAUUAUUCUUAUCUACUAUCUUGUCUUUGAUCGAACGAUACGAAAUAUACUUCAUUAUCACAGCAUUUUAGCCUUACUUCUCGUCUGUCUUGCACUAGAGACUAUUGAAGUACCACGUAUCAUGAAUUAUUUGCGUAUUGGUAUUGUUACACUGCAAACAGAUCUUCAUUGUCUUCUCUGGCAAUGGCUUGACUACAUACUAGGCGGUCUAAUCAAUGUGUGCAUGCUUUGGUUUUCAUUAGAACGUCAUCUGUUUAUAUUCUAUUCAUCUAUAUUCAAUACUUUUAAACGUCGUGUAGCAUUUCAUUAUUCCCCAUUGAUCAUAAUUUUUGUCUGCGUUAGUCUCUACUAUAGUAUCGCAUUCUUCAUUUAUCCAUGUAAACGACAAUAUGAUUUCACACAACCACUGUGUGGUUUACCUUGUUACACUUCUCAAGCAAGCAUCUCACUUUAUGAUCUGUUUGCUCAUAAUUGGAUACCAUUACUUUGCACACCUUUGCUUGAUAGUACAUUGAUUGUGAGAGUAGCCUGUCGGCGAAAUAUUGGCCAGCAAACACGAUGGAAAAGGCAUCGAAAAAUGAUCAUACAAGUCUUAGUCAUUUCCAACCUUUUCGUCAUUAUUCAGACUCCUUAUGUUCUUAUUGCAUUUAUUCAAAUACUCGGAAACGUACCGGACUUUGCUCUCUAUGUUCAAGUCGUCUAUUUCUAUUAUUGUCUUUGGCUAUUCGCACUUGUCCUACCAUUUGCUUGUCUAAGUUGCUUACCAGAAGUGAAAAACAAAAUACGAACAAAUUUCAUGCGAUGUAUUGAACGAAACAAUGAAAUCGUACCUUUACCUUUCUCUCAAACUCGUGGUAGAACUUAUUGA